UCAGCUGAAAAUGAAAUAUAAAAACAGUCUCACGAUGGCUCCUCACUUUGGUUUUAUUUCACAUAUUAAACAAAGUAAAAGUUUAUUCAGUGGAUAUUUUAACUUGUAGUAGUGUGUCCUAACAUCCUGCUAAGUAGUUGAACAUGAAGUGGUGCUCAUGGCAGAGGAGCUGAUCCUGAGUCAGGUCGCUGAGCGACCAGAGGAGCUGAUCCUGAGUCAGGUCGCUGGGCGACCAGAGGAGCUGAUCCUGAGUCAGGUCGCUGGGCGACCAGAGGAGCUGAUCCUGAGUCAGGUCGCUGGGCGACCAGAGGAGCUGAUCCUGAGGGCGUCACCCAGGUCCAACAUUAGAGGCAGACACACACUGACUGUCUACAGACUGAAGUCAUUUCAUCUUAUACUCAAUGUGGCAGCAAACUAGAAACACGGACUUUGAAAUGACGUUGUUGGAAAAAAUACAAUAGGCUCUACUGAUGGUUACUUUUGUAGUUAUCUGUGGGAAAUAGAGAAAGCCAAAUGAAAGGUGAGUUAAUUCUCUUUUUCUGGCUGCUGGAAGGUGAUUGAUUAACCUGCAAAGUGAACAAAAAACCUAAGAGGAUUGUUCAGAUCUGAGAGUACGAUGACGUGCAGCCUGAUAUUCGUUGUGCGGCUGGAGAAUAUAAAUGACGGACUGCUGUCCGGUUCAGUCCUCGUCAGGGAGUGAGAGCUCAUCUAAAUGAAUCUAAAUUCUCCUCCUGGUGUAAAACUUUGUGAAUUAUUUCUGCUUCAACAUGAUCAGACUGAGAAGGAAAGGACAGCCGCUGUCAGACAGCUCCGUCAGACUCAGGGUUUCUUCAGGUAAACCUGCCAACAGGUUAUGUUCACAGAGUAAGUUACCGCAGUAACAGACCCAGAGUUUAACUUACCUCUCUUUCUGGAACUGAAAACUCAGAGUUUCUCUCAUCUCAGGGUUAACAAACUCAGAGUUUUCACAAAACCCUUCUGGAAUACCCCCCUGGACAAACAGCAGCACACAGAUGCAUUACAACAGGGCAGAUCAAAAGGUCGUCUGAGAGCUGCUGAGAGAGACAACAAGUCCUUCAAAUCAAAUCAGUUAUCCACAUCUGAAUGUGGAGGAGGAGGAGGAGGAGGAGGAGGAGGAGGAGGAGGAGGAUCCAGGGAUGCAGGAGGCUGCAGCGCCUCCUAAAGUGAAGAAGGUCCAAAUAAUGCAGAAUGAGACAGAGACAAAGUUUCACAGAGUUUAUAAAGUGUCUCCAACUCAACAACUCACUAAACUGAGACAUUUGUUAAGGGAGUCUGGUGACUCCGUGUCCCUCUUCCUCUCCUCACUGUGGUCAACUGCAGCUGAUGUGACUGCUGACCUGCGACAUGCUGCUGGUCAGUUUCCAUCUACUGUCAUGUAAAAUGUUUCAAAAUGUUGUGAAUUGAUGUCAACAUUCAGAAACAUGAGCGUCAGAGACAGACGGCCUCCCAGUGAGGAUCUGUUCACUGCAGCUCUUUGAAACAUGUUACCUGACCCACUGAUGAAAGGCAGGUUUCCACCUGAGCAGGGAAUGCCUUUGUUAAGCCCCGCCCCUUCUACCUGAGGAGUGGGCGGACUCUGAGCAGAGUGUUGUCUCUCUGAGGCUGAACCUCCAUUUCCUUUGGCUUUGAGCGCAGAGUUGAUGAGAGAAGCAGAGAGGGGGGUGAUGAUCUGGUGUGACCUCUGACCUUUCACCUUCAGUACAACUUGCCCAUCUACCCGAGGGCGGUGGGGCCUGAGAAGCCUAGAGCCAUCACCAUGGCAACGACCUCCACCAUGCUUGGCAGAGGUCUGGGUCUGGUUCUGGUGGAGUUCCAGUAUGAGUACCAGGAUCGGGACGGGGCGCUGGUCUCCAUCAAACCCAAUGAACGCUAUGUUCUGCUGGCCAAAACCAAUGACCACUGGUGGCAGGUCCAGAGCGACCAAAACUCCAAACCCUUCUACAUCCCCGCCAAGUAUGUCAAGGAGCUGCCGUCAGACUUCCCCUCCCCUCUGGACUUUGCUGAUCCAACCAGUCCUGAUCCAGUGGUGCUACCUGUGGCUUCCCCAGUCCCAGCUCCUGUCCCUGUCCCUGUCCCUGUCCCAAAGACUCUGGAGGAAUCCAGUGGGACUAAAAGCAAACCAGGGGACGAGGUGACGAUCCGGCUCAGACCGGAUGCCUCCACUGGAUACCGCAAGGCCGAGAACCGCAUGUCUACAUUUGGAGUCCCACUGGACUUCCAUGACCUGUUGCCUCUGGUGGCACCGACAUCACGUCACUCCAGCAACCUUUCAGCUGCUCCUGCAGAGACGGGGACCAUAACCACUGAUGGGACUACAAACAUGUCUGAUGACUGUCUGAGUAAAAAGCACCUGGGGCUCCUGGAUGACCACUCUGGGAAACAUCGAGUUCCCAGUUUCAGUCCAGCAGACCCCAUCUCCACCACCCGGACCCAGACCCAGCCCAUCCCUGUGGAGACUCCGGUGGUCCCUGUUGUCCCCAUGGUCCCCCCUCACAAUGAGCUCCCCAGCUCGCCAUCCACAGGUCACCAUGACAACCAGGAGUCCCCGAUGGAGUUGGAGGAGGAGAUCAGCCUGGAGGAGGAGAUCAGCGUGGAGGAGAGCACCGGCGAGGAGGAUUCACUAAAGGAGGGAGAGUCGAACCACAUCUACGAGUCCAUCCAGGACCUGAACCUGGACCUGGACACUCUGGUUGGAGGAAGAGUGAGUCCUGGAGUGCCACCUGAACCUUUGCCGGCCCCGGCCCCGCCCCCUACACAGGAUCACAUCUCACUCAACCCUAACUCGCCCAUCUACGCUAACAUCUCCAGUCUGAAAAAGGCGUCCGUCUCUGGCUCCGCCCUCCCCUCAUUGCCUCCUCUGGACCACGCCCCCUCAGCUACAGACCACCCACCCCCACCUUCCGUCUCCUCGUCUGCUGGGAUGAUAAGCCCCGCCUCCCCGCUCAGCCCGCAGGAUGGAUGGCAGGUGCACACGGACCAGGACAGCGGGAAGGUGUUUUACUUCCAUCCUGUAACCAGACAGACCACCUGGACCGACCCACACGGCCCCCCACCCCCGCCUGCUCGAGACAUGGACCGGUCCAGGGCGAGCGAGGGGGAGCAGAUGAUCUCCCCCUCCCCCCUGCUCUCCCCCGCCUCCUCUCAGGGUUCUGGUGGUUGGGAGCAGCUGGUGGACGAAGUCUCAGGGAGGUUUUACUACUACAACCCCGCAUCAGGAGCGACAUCAUGGGUCGCACCAGAACCUCCGUCCCCCUCCUCCUCCCCCUCCUCCCCCUCCUCACCCCCAGGAUCUACAGCCAGCAGGAGGCGUGACGACGGCCCGCCUCCGCUGCCGGAGGAGGAUUAUCCUGUGCAGCUCCACAACAACAACAUGGACGCUGUCUUCGCAAUGAAUCCUCAGCAACUCGUGAUUCCCAGAGCUCAGCUGGACAUCAAGGAUGGACACGGCUCCCAGUGGAGGCCGCAGGAGUUGCCCCAAAGGCUGAUGGGAAAUGGAGUUUCUGAGGAGGUGUCGACGGUGCAGAUCAGGAACUGGAGACACAGCGUGGCCGAAGACACGUUCUCGCCGAGCCACCGGAGGAACGUCUCUGACUUCACUGACCUGUCCAACAGAAGACAGUCUCCUGACAGUCCCCAGCUCUCUGACAGGACCAGACUGAGGAGGAACCUGUCCGACCGGAGCUCAGGCUCCCACCAGCAGCAUUGCCAUCUGCUGGAGAAAGCAGGAAUCCUCAAUAAGACCAAAAUAGUUGAUGGCGGAAAAAAGAUCAGGAAGAACUGGACUCAGUCGUGGACCGUCCUCCACGGGGGGAUCCUCACCUUCCACAAAGACCCCAAAUCGGCUCCCACUGGGAACGCUAGUAAAUCGUCUCAGAUCAUUCCAGAGUACACGGUGGAGCUGAGAGGAGCGUCGCUGGGCUGGGCCUCCAAAGACAAGUCGUCCAAGAAGAACGUUCUGGAGCUGAAGACUCGUCAGGGCUGCGAGUACCUGAUGCAGUACGACACAGAGAGCAUCAUCACUGAUUGGCUGAAAGUGAUCCAGGACACCAUCAGACAGCUGGACUUGGAUCAUCUGUCAGAGGACGAGGACGAAGCUGCUUCAGACAAAGAGGACAAAGACAGGAAGAGGACAUCGACCAGAGGCUCAUCAGGAACAGCUGACUCCGAGCAGAGACGAGUUCGGACCAAACUGCGACGUUUCCUCCAGCGCAGGCCGACGCUGCAGAGCGUCAAAGAGAAAGGCUACAUCAGAGAUAACGUGUUCGGCUGUCACCUGGACACACUGUGUCACAGAGAAAACAACACCAUCCCCAAGUUUGUUGAGAAGUGCAUCAGAGCAGUGGAGAGGAGAGGUCUGGACGUGGACGGGAUCUACAGAGUGAGCGGAAACUUGGCCGUGAUCCAGAAACUACGACACAAAGCUGAUCAUGAGGAGCAGCUGGACCUGGAGGACGGACAGUGGGAGGAGAUCCAUGUGAUCACCGGAGCCCUCAAACUGUUCCUGCGGGAGCUUCCAGAGCCGCUGUUUCCAUUCAGCUGCUUCGAGAAGUUCAUUGCUGCCAUCCAAGUCCCAGACUACAACCUGAGAGUCUCCUACAUGAGGGACCUGGUUCGCUCUCUGCCUCUGCCCAACCACGACACAAUGGAGCUGCUCUUCAAACACCUGCGCAGAGUGGUCGAGCACAAGGAAUCCAACAGGAUGUCAGUUCAGAGCAUCGCCAUCGUCUUCGGCCCCACGUUGCUCCGCCCCCAGACCGAGUCAGCCAACAUGACGAUCCACAUGGUCUUCCAGAGCCAGAUAGUGGAGCUCAUGCUGAACGCCUUCAAUAUUGUCUUCUCCCAGAGUUAGGGGGAACCUCUGGGACCAGAACAUCACAAGACCUGCCAAAAGUCUUCCAAAGUGUCCUCGAACCUCCUUGAACCAUGGACCUCGAUGUCUCCUCCUCCUGAACCCAGGUUCACAGGGACUGAUCCUUGAACCUGCUGGCUACAUGAUGUCUCUUUUUAACCACUGCGGCCUAAAUGACCCAAGUAGAACUUGAAUGGAACCACCUAGAAUCCUGAACUGGUUUAGAAACCUUUGACAGCAGUUUUGACAACAGAUCAAAUGGAACAUCUUGUUUUUCCUCAGCACCUUAGAAACCAAAAGCACUCUCUAAUAUAUUCCAGAUCCAACUAGAACCUUGCAGAUCUCUGGAACCAGACAUCAUCACCUCACAACUGGACCCAGCAGACUUUCCCAAGCCCAUUUAUAACCACUAUGCCUGAGAUGAUACAUAUUGAACCUAGUGAAACCAUAUAGAACAUUAGACUGUUUUUUUUUUGUUUUUUUUUACUCUAAACUUGAGUCAUUGUUAUACACAAACAACUUCUGGAUCCUCCCAGAACCUUGUUAAUCUCUGGACCCAAACUCAUCUCUACCAAAUGUUAUAGUCAUUAAAGCUACAGUUGCAGAACCUGGAACCCCCAGGCUACACAACACCUUUCUCUACCCACUGAGUCUGAAAUGAUCCAGCUAGAACGCUAGUGGAACCAUCUAGAACCAUGGACUGGUUGUAAAACUUUUAACUUGAGUCAAUGUCCAAAGCUAAAGAAGUUCCAGUAUCUUGUUGACCUCUGGACUGGAACUCUUCUUGUUUUUUUCUUUGUUAUUUAUUUUUUGUGAAUUCUUGGGCAAUGGAUCCUGGAACCCCAUGACACCCCUCUCUAACCACUUUGCUUUAAAUAAUCCAGGUAAAACUUGAGUGGAAAUACGUGGAACCUUGGACUGAUUCUGAAACUAUGAAACCAUCACUGUUGUUUCAAAAUAACAGUCCAAAAAUAAAACCCACUAACCUCCUAAAACUCUGGACCAAAACAUCAUCUGCUGCUUUAAAAAGAAAGAGAAUUCUACAUAGACUUAUAUGUUUUAGGCCUGGAACCACUGACAACAUGAAAUGCUCUUACCAAGCCUGAGACAACACAGUUAGAUCCUGAAUGGAACCAUUUACAACCCUGGACGUUUCUGAACCUUUGAAACCAUCACUGUACUUUCAAGGCAGCAGACCAAAUGAAACACACAUACUUUUUUCCUCAAUAAAGCCUAAACCCAGAACUAUCCACACAGGUUCCAGAUCAUUGAGGAACCUCCUAGAGUUUUAGAACCAAACAUUUUGUCCCUUUCUAUAACUUCCUGUGGAUUUUGGUGUGUACAAGUAGUUGGACCUGAAAUAUUUUUGGCUACACGACCACCAAAACUAACAGAUAGAAGCUGUUGUGGAACCACUUUAAACCCUGCACUGGUUUUAAGAUGAGAAAUCUAAGUGUUCCACUUUAUUGGCACCUCAAAAACACAAAAUAUCUCUAGAACCUUCUCUUGUGCUUCUCUCUUCUUAAAGACAAGAAUGCUUUAUAUAUUUUCUGAGGGAACACUGUUGGAAUCUUCUGGAACUCAGCUUCUAGCUUGAACAGUGGAUAUGAUGUGAUUUAGCUUCUGCUCAGAACAAUUUUAUCAAAUGUAUUAACUGUCCAGAUUGUCACUUUAAAGCUGUGUCCAGAUCACACAAACUCUUUGGAGUCACAAGAAUUACUCAACUCAACAUGAGAGAUUGUUCAAAUCCAGAAAACACUGAAGUUCUUCUGCAAGUUCACAGAGGAAGGAACAAACACAGGAAGUGACAAACUCUGAUUGAUUAGCUGAUUGACUCACUGCAUGUGUCAUAGAUUUGCAUGCUGAUCAUUCUCAGGUGUCCGACUGGUUUCUCUCUGUUCGGUCCCACAACUUUCUACGUGUAGCUGAACUCUGGAUCUUCUACAACAUUUUUUUUUUUUUUAAUUCAAACAUCUCCGUGUGGUUUCAUUCUCAGUAUCCACCAGUUUUCAGCUUUCACUGACACUAGAAAACACAGAUUUGCACAGAGCAGUAGUGUCCCAAGUCAGUAUAUGUAAAUACCAAGCAUGUUUCACUAAAGUUUCACACGUAUUUAACACUGGAUCAAUAGACGCGUACAGUGAGGAACCAUCAGGUCAUGAAGUCAUGACCCAUCUGACAUAAUUAUAAACUGCUUCCAUGUCGUGCUGAGCUGAACACAUGCUGGAUGUGUUGAUUUGAAGCGUCUGACUCUCAGAGGACCUGCAGGAACGUUUCCUCAAAUCGCAGUCAGCUUUGAGAUGAUGUCCGAGACGUUCCACAUGUGUUCAAAUGUUUAAAGGAUGAAUUUUACAGGAACAUUUUUACUUUUGUUUGUGCCCUGCUGUACCCAGAAACUCUACCAGUGAUAAUCUGUACAAUGCUGUAUGUUUUUAUGGUAUUGACUUUAUGUGUAUUACAGAUAUAGAACAAAGUUACCAUGGAAGAUUUACAGAUGAAACUCUGUACAUAAGAGGGUAUUUUACUGACCUUUAAUAAAACAUGAAGCUGAUCUUCGGAUCGUCA